CUACUUUUUUUAAGUCUUCACAGGACUUGUCUCUUUUCCUCCGCUUCUCUCUUUUUUCCUCCCCAAGCAAACCCCCCAUUACAAAGCCAAAAUACACAGAGAGAAAGAGAAAAACCCAUCUCUCUUCUUCUCCUUGAGCGCCAUGGGUUCUCACAUCUGUGGCGUCUCCAAGCUCUUCUUCUUAUUAUUAUUUCUUUCUGUUUCCACAUCCCAUGCCGCAUUGCCUCAAAACCCUGUUUCUAAAUCUUCUUCUUCUUCGAGCUCCGGCCAAAUAAACUCCAACUCGGUCCUCGUGGCACUCCUCGACUCGCAUUACACCGAGCUGGCCGAGCUCGUGGAGAAGGCCCUUCUUUUGCAGACUCUCGAGGAGGCGGUUGGGAAGUACAACGUCACCAUCUUCGCGCCCAGAAAUGAGGCUCUGGAGCGGGGGCUCGACCCGGAGUUCAAGCGCUUCUUGCUCGAGCCCGGUAACCUCAGGUCCCUCCAGACCCUCUUGAUGUUCCACAUUGUUCCCAGGCGAAUCGGGUCGGACCAGUGGCCCGGUGAGCCUUCCGGGCCGGUUCGGCAACGGACACUCUGGAACGAACACGUGCAUUUGAGAAGCCACGGCUCGGGGAAGAGAAUCGUCGACUCGGCCGAGAUUGUUCGCCCUGACGACGUCGUUCGCCCCGACGGCGUUAUCCACGGGAUCGAGCGGCUCCUGGUUCCCCGUUCUGUACAGGAGGAUUUCAACCAGAGAAGGAGUCUACGGUCGAUUUCGGCCGUCUUACCGGAGGGCGCACCCGAGGUGGACCCCAGGACUAACAGGUUGAAGAAACCGGCAGCACCGGUACCGGCCGGCUCUCCCCCGGUUCUGCCGAUAUACGACGCUUUGGCGCCGGGUCCGUCCUUGGCUCCGGCUCCGGCGCCGGGACCGGGAGGUCCCCGCCAUCACUUCAACGGCAUGCGCCAGGUCAAGGACUUCAUACACACCCUUUUACACUACGGUGGGUACAACGAGAUGGCCGAUAUUUUGGUCAAUCUAACCUCGCUAGCCACCGAAAUGGGACGUUUGGUAUCGGAAGGGUACGUGUUGACCGUCUUGGCCCCCAACGACGAGGCGAUGGCUAAGCUGACCACGGACCAGUUGAGUGAGCCCGGCGCACCGGAGCAGAUAAUAUACUACCAUAUAAUACCGGAGUACCAGACCGAGGAGAGCAUGUACAAUGCUGUUCGGCGGUUCGGGAAGAUCCGGUACGAUACUCUGCAAUUGCCGCACAAGGUUGUGGCUCAGGAGGCUGAUGGGUCUGUGAAAUUCGGUCAAGGAGAUGGGUCUGCUUAUCUGUUCGACCCCGAUAUAUACACGGACGGGAGAAUUUCGGUGCAAGGGAUUGAUGGGGUUUUGUUCCCAUCGGAGGAGGAGACGAAUACACAGAAAAAAACAGCUCCGGUUGUUAAGGUUGUUACCAAACCCAGAAGAGGGAAGUUGCUGGAGGUAGGAUGUAGGAUGCUUGGAGCCAUUGGACAGGAUUCUCACUUCUCUACUUGUCAAUGAAAAUAGGCCCUCAAAACAACCCACAAGUAAAAACGAAUUCAUGUAAACAAUCAAUAAAUGUUGUAUGAUACAAUGGAUGCAUAAUAGAUAAUCGGAGGGGAGGGAGCAUUGGAAAACCCACAGAACAGAAGGGGGGGGGGAAUUAAGUUCACUGUUUUUUGGUCACAGAUACUGUAAUUACAUGUCAUUUUUUUUUUUGUUUUUUGUUUUUUUGGAAUUAUUUUUAUGUUUGGUUCGCUGUCACAGUAUUAUGCAUAAACAAACUUACUUGGAAGAUUUAUCAGUGGUUUUUUGGUUGUU